AUGGAGUGCCGAGAAUUAUUACCAGAAAAUGGUGAUUUUUUAUUGCGAGAUGCUUUUGAAACAAAGAGACAUACAUGUGAUGAGCCUUUGUUUUGCAUCCUUAGUGUUGCAACGGAAACAUCCAAUACCAACGGAACUCAAAACCGAAUAAAGUCAAUUGGAAUAAUAUCGAAAAAUGGAUUUUUCAAAAUUUCUGGAGAAACAGAAUUUUUUCCAUCACUUAAAGCAUUGAUCGAAUCAUUAGUUUCAUCAAAAACACCCAUUAUUAAUGAUGUUAUCUUGAUUCGUUCAAUACCAAGAAAAACUUGGGAACUCAUUCAAAGUGAUGUGGAUAUCCCAAAACCAGAAAUCGAAUUGGGAAGAGGAUCAUUUGGAACAGUAAUAAAAGGAAAAUUGAUGAAAUUGAAGAUAGAUGUCGCCAUCAAGAGAAUACAUGAAAAGGCAACAGAAGCGAACAUCUCGGAAGCCUGGGACGAAGUUCGUAAAAUGCGAACAUUCGAUCAUCAAAAUGUCAUUCGAAUUUAUGGCGUUAUUAUCGACUCGUUCCCAAUCAUGAUGUGGAAUAUGUCGAGUCUGUUGAUGAAGCAAAACCUCCCAAACGGAUAUCGUGUGUUUUUUGUGGCUGGAUUACUGUGUGGAUUACCCUUUCUGGGCAUGAGUUGAAUUUCGGAUCUAUUCGCUUAUUGAUCGAUUCAUUCGUUGCCAACAAAACCCCGGUUAUCGAUAAUCUUGUUCUAAUUCGCCAAAUACCAAGAAAAUCAUGGGAAUUGUCCAAAGAUGACAUUGUAUUUCCACAAGAACAAUGAGUAUUGGGCAAGGGAUCAUUUGGAACGGUUUUCAUUGCAAAAUUGAAGAAGAUAAAUAUGCAUGUGGCAAUUUAAAAGAUUGAAUGCAGACGCAAAUCAAUGCCUAAUUUCGGAAGCGCACUACGAAGCAAGAAUCAUGCGCACAUUUGACCAUCCAAAUGUUAUUCGUAUAUUCGGAGUUGUAGCGGAGUCAUUACCAAUAAUUCUGGUUAUAGAAUAUAUUGAUGGGAAAUCACUUUUGAGUUUAUUACAAAAUCGUGAAAUUUCGAAUGGAUAUAGAAUGUCAUUUGUCGCAGGAUUGUUGUAUGCGAUGGCAUAUUUUCAUGACCGAAGAUUUAUCCAUCGAGACAUUGCUGCUAGGAAUUUAUUAGUCUCGAAAAACUUUUCAGUAAUAAAACUGAUAGAUUUUGGAUUGUGCAAAAGAGCCACGUCAUAUUCAGUAAGUAUUUUGUUAGAAAAAUAAGAACAGAAAUUCUGAUUUUUUGAAAAACUUUCGACAAUCAGCUAAAUUUACUUUUUUGCAGAUAUCAACCGCCCGAAAACAUUCAACCUGGCUCCUGAAGUUUGCCACGGAGGAUUUUUCUCAACAAAGCCGGAUAUUUGGGCAUUUGGAAUCACAUGUUGGGAAAUAUAUAAUAAUGGAAUGGAGCCUUAUCCGAAAUUGUCAAAUCCCGAAGUCCGAGCUGCAUCAGGAGAUGAAGAGAAAUUUGGAACCAUCCGAUUAAAUUUGAAAAAAUGUAAUGGAGAAGAGAAGCCUCCCGGAUGUGAGUUUUAAAAAGUUUCUUGAGCAACAAAUCAUAUUUUUAUCGAAACAUUUUCAGUAGCUGAUGUGUGCCGACUCAUUUUCGAAUUCGAUUCAAAGAAACGAUAUGAUUUCGAGAAAAUUGUGCCAGUUAUGGAGCAAGUUAGUUGGAUUGGAAUGCGAAAUGGUCAAGAAUCAAAUGGCAGGAGGGAGGGUUCCAUUGAUGGCUUCGGCCACAAUGGAAACAUCCAGAAGGAAAACAACACGGCGGAAUUGGAAAGAAAAAACACCAACAGGAUGUGAGUUUGAAAUAUUUUCUUGAACAAAGAAUCCUGUUUCUAUCGAAAAGUUUGCAGUUUCUGAAUGUAUUCGACAUAUAUUCGAAUUCAACCAUCAUAAAAGAAUCGAUUCGGUUAGAUUGGUACCAAUUUUGGAGGAAAAAAUUUUCCGCAAUUUGAUUGAGCUGGAAUCGGAGCUUGUGAAUGUUCAAAUGUCACGUGGACAAUUCCCGCCAAAAACUGCUGGGAACACAAUGGAAACCGCCAAAAGAAAAACAACACGGCGCAAAAAAUGA